AGUUAUCGAGGCGGCCGCACGUCCGCACGCGACGUAAAUAAGACGCGCGUUGUGAUCUGUGAAGUGUGUGUUACUUGUGCUUUUGAAACGAUUUUCAAAUGGUUUCGUGAUAAUCAUGUUGUGGAUGUUCAGCUGUAUUUACAUAACAAAUAACGAGGAAGUCCGCGUAUGGAAAGGUAUAAAGAAGGUCCAGAUAGAGCGUCGCAGCACGCUUCUCGGACAAAACGAAAUGUGUGGAGCAGAAAUGUUAGCAAGCAUUUGCGAAAUCCGGACAUAGAUGAGGGUAAAGUUGAAAAUGAUUCACCGAAUGUUAACUACGACACAUCUGAAGUUAAAACGAGACCUAGGAGUAUCGGUGGCAUUAUAGCGGAAGAAGAUAACACGAUCGAUGAUGACUUCAAUGAGGAAGUCAGAAAGAACGUAUGGAGCGAUGUCGAUGAUGAACUUUACAUAGCCAACGUGAUCAAACAAAGAACUUCAAAUGAAGUGAAACGCGUCAAACGUGAUACUAGUUAUUCGAGUGUUAGUGAAUAUUAUAGUAAGGUUGUGAAUAGUGAUAAGUUAGAUAAAACCGACAUGUGGGAAUUGGAGCCCACGGACUUAACGGAGUGUGACUGUCUUGGGCCACCUCCUGAAUUCCUAUUGCCCCCACCGCCGAGACCGCCCUUCCUCCAGGCGGAGUAUUAUUGUGGUGACGAUCCUAUACCUGAUUUGGAGACUUGCGACUCAGAACCAAAGAUAGACGCGUACAACCACAGCGGGCCUUCGCUACAGACCUCUGCAGUGAUAGCUCUCUGCUCCAUAGUACUGGUCCUCGGGAUUUUCAUCGGCGCCAUUUUGCUUUGGAAACAUAAAAGAAAAGUAACGAACCUGCUGCCUUCAAAGUCGACGGCGCCCAGUCAAAGUUCAGGGUCGCAGAGACGAGCUCCACCACCAGCUCCCUUGUACGAGGAUCUGCAGGAUCUACCUCGACGACCACCCUUACCGCAGAGGCCAGAUAUAGAACCCCAGCUCGAGAUGGUAGAAACGAAACGACCCAACUGCCAAGGGCGUGUGUUUGUCUGCGGCACGGGCGGCUCUUGGCGGGGUGGUAACCCGUGCGGGAACACAUGCAACGCACCAGUCUACGAAGAGCUACCGCACAGAUCCGACGACUCGGUACACAGCGACGAUCAUUUCGCGGAAGACGAGCUCAGUUUAGUGGGUGACGUGCUUCCAUGCCGGACGUGCUCCAGACCGCCGCCGCAGUCCUUGCCUCAUCGACCCAGACAGCAUCGCCUGGAUCGACGGCCGAAGUCUCUAGAGAGACGACGGGCGCACAGGAUCCCACGACACGUGCACCCACCAGACCCGUCAGAGUUCCAUGAAGGCGUCCUUCUAGACGCUUUGUUACGACUGUACCCACAAGUAGGCACGGUGGGUGCAAGGCCGCCCGGUCCGAUGCCCAUGAGCGCUGGUGGAGCCUGGCCGGGGGGUGAACUGCCCGGCAUCGCCUGCUGGAGAGGCCCCAGAGCGUCCCCGAAACCGCCAAGCGGAGAUUCCUCGUUCGGUUCUGACUCAGGAUACAGCAAUAAUACAUGCGGAACGUGCGGCACCAGAGCCUCCUCUAGACAUCGCUUAUCUGCUGAAAUACCUUUAUCAUGAGGUGGAAGCCUGGACUAUAGUGGUCGCGUGCCAUAAAUCUGUUCGAAUUCAUAAGCAUUUAUUAGUUAUAUUCCUCACGGCCUAUUUCUAACAAGGGCCUCAGCCUUCUUCGAAUAUAAUAGUGAUAUGUCAUUUAAGACUAUUCCUUGUAGUGUGACAGUUUCUAUGGAUGUGUACAAAAGAGGUAUUAAUUAAAUAGGAAUCUUCCUGUGCUGUUCUCUGACUAGAUUCCUUGUUAAAAUUAUUUACUUUUUAGAUAUUUUUGUACAAACAUGUCUCCCUAAAUACGAUAGAUAUAGUUUCGUCCUUUAAGUAAUUUCGAGCUAGUCCUAAAUUUAUUGCAAUGAUUAUAAAAUUAUUAAAAUUUAAUUUUAUGUAAAGCGAAUUAAAUAACGAUUAUAUUGAUUCACGGGAUUUGUAGAUAUUGUAUAAAAGUAGAUAAUAAAUAAGUUAGAAUAGCGAGUUGAAUUUUAUAAUCAUAUCACGUUUAAAUAUGUCGCAUAAAUCACAAUUUCCUUUCGAUAACUUCCUAUCAACGUAGGUAUUUCUAUCACUGGUGCUAAAAGCAUAAUAUUUGUAAUUGUUUAAUUCUGCCGUUCCAAAAUUAUAGUUACUACAAUAUGAAUAAAGUACGUUUUUUUAUAAUCUGCACAGUAUGUAUCACGAAAAUAAACUGCUUGAUCGUAGCUUAUUUAAAUUUAUAUUGCUCUAUCAAAAGCCUGGCCGAGUUUUAAUUUUUUACGAAAAACAAUGUUAUUCUCUCCUAAAAAAUUGUAGAAAAUGUGAAAUUAUUUUAUAAUGUAUAUUAUCCAAAAUUAUUGUUCUUGUUUUCUGUUUAUAUUUAAUUUAAGCGAUAUUUAUUUUUAUAUCAUUGUUUGGAAUUGUAAAUUUUCGCAUUAUCAUUAUUGUAUGGGGCAACACUGCUCAGUUUAUCAGAAGAAUACAAUAAAUGAAAAAUAAAUACAUUUUUAAAUAA